UGUGAUUCACAAACCAUUUAAAGGGAGAGUGCACAGACGUGUUUGAAAAUGGUCUGGUGGCAAUAUCAGUUACUCACCCAUAUCAAUAUAGGAAUCUUAUCUGAAGUUUGAGUGUAUGCCUGUGAUAAGAGUCAGGUACCGGCUAAUCUGCAGUUGUCGGCCGUAUGGAGACACCUAGAAAGGGCCAUUCGGUUCCAUUAAGCUGACAUACACGCACAUUGUCAGCCGUCAGAGAGAGUCUAUUAACUUUAGUCAUAACGAUUUAGCCAUGAGCAGCGACAACCACUUUCAGUACGGCGAUGAAACUGGUGCAUAUACAGAUGCGGAGGCGGACAAGAGUUUCGCCUUCGAUGACCAAAGCAUCCGGAAGGGCUUCAUACGGAAGGUCUACUUAAUAUUGAUGUGUCAAUUACUAAUCACUUUCGGUUUUGUUAGUGUUUUCACCUUCUCGAAAGCCUCUCAAGAAUGGGUUCAAAAAAAUCCGGCUUUGUUUUGGAUAGCUUUGGCCGUUCUUAUUGUGACCAUGAUUUCUAUGGCCUGCUGUGAAAGUGUACGCCGAAAGACACCUCUGAAUUUCAUUUUCCUGUUCCUGUUCACCGUGGCCGAAUCCUUCCUCCUAGGAAUGGUCGCUGGACAGUACGAGGCCAGUGAGGUCCUGAUGGCAGUGGGCAUCACGGCAGCGGUAUCUCUUGCGCUCACCCUGUUUGCCCUGCAGACCAAGUACGACUUUACGAUGUGCGGAGGAGUUUUGGUGGCCUGCUUAGUGGUCUUUAUCAUAUUUGGUAUCGUUGCUAUCUUCGUUCCGGGCAAGGUGAUCGGAAUGGUUUAUGCCUCCCUGGGAGCGUUGCUCUUUUCCGUUUAUUUGGUGUACGAUACCCAGUUAAUGCUGGGCGGUAAUCACAAGUACUCCAUUAGUCCGGAGGAAUACAUUUUCGCCGCACUGAACCUUUACUUGGACAUCAUCAACAUCUUCAUGUACAUACUGGCCCUCAUCGGAUUGUCUCGCAAUUAGACAGAUCAUGAUGAUCUAUAGUUUCCUUUCCAGUUUUAGAAAUAUGUAACUUAAUUUUAUGUGCCCAGUGCUGCUACACCUUAGACAUGAAGAAAUACAGACCGACUAACUAACCCUA